UAGUUGGUUGCAUUUUGUUGUGGUUUCUUUAGAAAUCUGGAAAAUUCUAAUAUCGAGACUUAAUUAUAUUCAGAAUUGAGUCACUAACUAAAAACCAUAAAUAGAGAAGGCGUGUGAAUCUCGUUUGUGUUUUGACCGCUAUAAAGUGAAGGAAACAUUACAAGGAAAGUUGAUGAAAGAUUUCUGCUUGUGUAGUAAUUUACAAAAUGUCUCAAAAUAAUCAGAAUUGUAUUGCCGGUGCUCUGACUUUCCCGAGUCACAAUGAAGUGCCAACUCCAUCACAGCCUCGACAACCAAGAAACCUCCAGGGCUUACUCCGUUUUGCAAUGGAGGCAACAAAAGCUGAGGAUGCCCCUGGAAAUUCAGAAUUAGGACCCAUGGAUGAGCAGAGAAGAAAAUUCCUAGAAGAAGCCCUCAAGAGUCUUACAGUAAAUGUGGCAGAGAUCUUACAAAAUGCAAUAAAAGUUCUGUCGGAUACGGACAAGAUGAAGGGUAUUCAGCUGGGUGAAGAGCUGCCGGAGGAUGUGGAUGUGGCUUUCACCAAUCUUCUGGAAUAUAUUGAUGAUAUUGACAUUGCUAAUGAUUUCUACAAAAUGGGUGGCUUCUCAAUAUUCCCCAUCUGCUACGGCAGCGAGAAUGAGGAGGUGAGGUCUCGUGCCAAUCAGACUCUGGCAGAAUUAUGUCAGAAUAACCCGUUCUGCCAGGCUCGGACGUUGGAGUGCGGCCUGCUGAAUGUACUCCUACAUUUGAUCAGCUCCGAACAGGGCUCCGGGCUUGCAAAGUGUAUACUGGCUAUAUCAUGCGCAUGUCGUGAGUUCGAGCCGGCGUGCCGUGAGUUGAUCUCGCAGGGUGGGUGCGGGGCGCUGGCUCAAGCGCUGCGUGCAUCACACCCCGCUGCCCGGACCAAGGCCGCCUUCUUCAUACGCUACCUGUGUAACCAUCAUCCGGAUGCUAAAGAAAAAUUCAUAGAACUGAACAUAGUGAGGACGAUCAUAGAACAAGUGAAGUCCAGUAGAGACGAGACCUCGGAACACUUGCUGGGGAUUCUGCUCAAUCUUCUGGAAACCUUGGAGCCUGCAGUACUCCAACAGUGUACAGACCCUAGCCUAGACUUGAAUAACGUUCUAGAAGCCCACCUCCAACAUCCAGACUUAAGUGGUGAUACUUACACAGAGGAAAAGGAAUACUGUCAGGAGAUACUGAAAAUUAUACAAAAUUUCCCAGCAAGAGAAGUGGUGAAUUGUGAAGCGGACAGAUACAUGUCAAUGUUGCUUGUCUGAUGCCUCUAAUUAACUACUGGUUUUGAUGAAACUUUGGAGGUUAGGUUAGGAGAGGAUGGAAGAACUAAAAUACCUUCUGGCAAUACUAUUUGCUAAGUGCACAAAGUGAUAUAAAAAUGGUCAAACCACUUAGUAAGGCUCUAAAAGUAAAAAAACUAAAUCAGUUAGCCUUAAAAAACACGGAACAUGUUAUAUUAAUAUAAAAUAUUCUGCAUUCUAAUUUCUAACAUAAAUCUAAAUGCAUUACGUUUAUGUAUCUUGUAAUUUAUUAAAAUGUUUAUUACAUUAAA